UGUCGCCAGCUCGAGGACCCGGAUUUAAAGAGACAGGCGCUACAACCGUCGUGGGCUACCCGCGGCCUGUGGGCCCCUGAUCCUGAGGCCUAUGGUGUGCGCCGGAGCCGGGAAGGCAGCUAUAUGACUUUGGCUUCCAAGACCCGCUUCCCACAAAUCCUCCGUGUACUCUGCCAAAAAGAACUGUGCCUAUUCCCAGAGCGACACCACCGGCCUGACGUCCAACUGUUCAGCCAGUGUUCACAGACAGAUCUACUUCAUGGGUGCUGCCUCCUCCUGAGGAAAAAGCCUGUUCUGCCGUUCCAGAGCGACAGUCUAAGACCACGUGCCACCUGCCUUGUUUUCUCACCAGGGUCGCAUGUGGGACUCUGCAGUGCCUCCAGUGAGAUGGCCGAACAGCGGUUCUGUGUGGACUAUGCUAAACGUGGCACUGCUGGCUGCAAAAAAUGCAAGGAAAAGAUUGUGAAGGGUGUUUGCCGAAUUGGCAAAGUGGUACCCAAUCCGUUUUCAGAGUCUGGGGGUGAUAUGAAAGAGUGGUACCACAUUAAAUGCAUGUUUGAGAAACUGGAGCGGGCCCGGGCCACCACAAAGAAGAUCGAGGACCUCACAGAGCUGGAAGGUUGGGAAGAGUUAGAAGACAAUGAGAAAGAACAGAUAACACAGCACAUUUCAGAUUUGUCUUCUAAGUCCACAGGCACACCAAAGAAGAAAGCUGUUGUCCAGACCAAGUUGACAGCCACUGGCCAGGUGACAUCUCCAGCGAAAGGCACCUCUGUAACUAAUACCAACCCCCGGAAAUUUUCAGGCUUCUCAGCCAAACCCAACAACUCUGGGGAAGCCCCCUCAAGCCCUCCCCUUAAGACUAGCCUGUCCUCAAGAAGAUGUGACCCCAAGCACAAGGAUUGUCUGCUGCGGGAGUUCCGGAAGUUGUGCGCCAUGGUGGCUGACAAUCCUAGCUACAACACAAAGACCCAGAUCAUCCAGGACUUCCUGCGGAAAGGCUCAGCAGGAGAUGGUUUCCAUGGUGACGUGUACCUAACGGUAAAGAUGCUGCUGCCGGGUGUCAUUAAGAGUGUUUACAACCUGAAUGACAAGCAGAUUGUGAAGCUUUUCAGCCGCAUUUUCAACUGCAAUCCAGAUGACAUGGCACGGGAUCUAGAGCAGGGUGAUGUGUCAGAGACAAUCAGAGUCUUCUUUGAGCAGAGCAAGUCCUUCCCCCCAGCUGCCAAGAGCCUCCUUACCAUCCAGGAGGUGGACCAGUUCCUCCUGCAGCUCUCCAGACUCACCAAGGAGGACGAGCAGCAGCAGGCCCUGCAGGACGUGGCCUCCAGGUGUACAGCCAAUGACCUUAAGUGCAUCAUCAGGUUGAUCAAACAUGAUCUGAAGAUGAACUCAGGUGCCAAACAUGUGUUAGAUGCUCUUGACCCCAACGCCUACGAAGCCUUCAAAGCCUCACGCAACCUGCAGGAUGUGGUGGAGCGGAUCCUUCGCAAUGAGCAGGAGGUGGAGAAGGAGCCAGGUCAGAGACGGAUUCUGAGUGUCGAGGCCUCGCUGAUGACCCCUGUGCAGCCCAUGCUGGCCGAGGCCUGCAAGUCUAUCGACUACGCGAUGAAGAAGUGUCCCAACGGGAUGUUCUCUGAGAUCAAAUAUGAUGGGGAGCGAGUGCAGGUGCACAAGAACGGAGACCACUUCAGCUACUUCAGCCGCAGCCUCAAGCCCGUCCUACCUCACAAGGUGGCCCACUUUAAGGACUACAUCCCUCAGGCUUUCCCUGGGGGCCACAGCAUGAUCUUGGAUUCAGAAGUGCUCCUGAUAGACAACAAGACAGGCAAACCUCUGCCUUUUGGGACUCUUGGUGUACACAAGAAAGCUGCCUUCCAAGAUGCAAAUGUGUGCCUGUUUGUUUUUGAUUGUAUUUACUUCAAUGAUGUCAGCUUGAUGGACAGGUCUCUUUGUGAGCGGCGGAAGUUUCUCCACGACAACAUGGUUGAAAUUCCCAACCGGAUCAUGUUCUCAGAAAUGAAGCAAGUCACGAAAGCUUCGGACCUGGUCGACAUGAUAAACCGGGUGAUCCGUGAGGGGUUAGAAGGGCUGGUACUGAAGGACGUGAAGGGUACAUACGAGCCUGGGAAACGGCACUGGCUGAAAGUGAAGAAGGACUAUUUGAACGAGGGGGCCAUGGCCGACACAGCUGACCUAGUGGUCCUUGGGGCCUUCUAUGGGCAAGGGAGCAAAGGUGGCAUGAUGUCGAUCUUCCUCAUGGGCUGCUACGACCCUGGCAGCCAGAAGUGGUGCACCGUCACCAAGUGUGCAGGUGGCCACGAUGACGCGACACUCGCACGCCUGCAAAAGGAGCUGGACAUGGUAAAGAUCAGCAAGGAUCCCAGAAAGAUACCUGGCUGGCUGAAAGUCAACAAGAUCUAUUAUCCUGACUUUAUCGUCCCAGACCCAAAGAAAGCUGCCGUGUGGGAAAUCACAGGGGCUGAGUUCUCCAAAUCUGAGGCGCACACGGCCGAUGGGAUCUCCAUCCGGUUCCCUCGCUGCACUCGAAUCCGUGACGAUAAGGACUGGAAAUCUGCCACUAACCUCCCCCAACUUAAGGAACUGUACCAGCUGUCCAAGGAGCGGGCGGACUUCACUGUAGUGGCCGGCAAUGCAGGGGGCAGCAGUGGAGAGAACGAGGGCACCUCAGGGCCUGCUGUGUCCCACAAGGCCCCCAGAGCCUCCCCCAAGAAACCCUCUGCUAGUGGCAAGAAGGCAGAAGGGGGUAAGCAGGGUGACCUUAACAGCAAAGGCGGUAACCUGCGCUCUCCCACAGGCACCACGCUGAGCGCAGGACCGAAGCCACCCGUGAAGCCUUCUCCAGUGAAAGUGGGAGUAAAGCGAAAGGCUCCCGAUGACACCCCAUGCCAAACCAAGGUGCUGCUGGACAUCUUCACUGGGGUGCGGCUCUACCUGCCACCCUCCACACCAAACUUCGGCCGUCUCAGACGCUACUUUGUGGCAUUCGACGGAGAUCUGGUGCAGGAAUUUGACAUGGCCUCAGCCACACAUAUCCUGGGCGGUGGGGACAAGAACCCUGAGGCCCAGCAGGUCUCCCCAGAGUGGAUUUGGGCAUGCAUCCGAAAACGGAGGCUGGUGUCUCCCUGCUAG